GAAAAGGGCGGAGGGGGCAGAAGGUGUCAGCUGCUGCAUAUAAUGGCCGGUCCAUCUCUGUUGGAGUCACUUUCUCCUUCUCCUUCUUCAUUUCUGCUGGUCUAGCUCUUAGUGCAAAACUAAACGAGUCAUCAUGUCUGAUCUGCAAAAGGGCAUGGCAUUGCUUAUCUCUACCUUUCAUAAAUAUUCUGGCAAGGAGGGUGACAAACUUACUCUUACCAAGGGAGAGCUAAAAGAUCUGCUCACCAAGGAGCUGGGAGACAUCUUCGGGAAGUCCAGCGACCAGGCCAAAGUGGACAAGAUUUUUAAGGACCUGGACGCUAAUGCUGAUGGUGUUGUAGACUUCCAGGAGUAUGUCACCCUGGUGGCCUGCCUUACCAUGCUCUGCAAUAAGCCAUUGUCAAAGAAGUAAUAAAUGGGACUGACCCUUACCAGCCGCAAUAGUUCAUAAACAUACAUAACAAUUAUCUACAUAAUAGUUUUUUUGUUUGUUUGUUUGUUUGUUUUGAUAGAAAGAUGGAAACAGAAAUAUUUGGCAUAUUACAAUGAUAAAUGAAUGAGGCAAAUUAAAGUUUGAAAUGAACUGUUUUAAUAAGUUUUAAAUAAAACAGACUGUGUUGAUUAAA